AUGUCGUCUGCUGUUGAAAAGGUGUUCAGUGCCAACCUGGCCUACAUAUUUGGAGAUGCCUUGCCCAAGACAGUUGCAAUUGCGCUUUCAGGCGGCGUGGAUUCCAUGAGUCUGAUCCAUCUGCUUGACAAGUAUCGUCACCAGCAUGGUAAGGACAUGGAGAUCAGCACCGUGACUGUUAACCACAACCUUCGCCAGAACAGCGAGGAGGAAGCCCAUGCUGUGGGCAAGAUCAUGAGCAGACUUGGUGUGAAGCACGAAAUCUACAAUCUGGAGUGGCCUGAAGGAAAGGACAAUAUCAGUGCCAUGGAAAAACAGGCACGUGUCAAACGUUAUAUGACAUUGCAACGGUACUGUCAUGAAGGUUCCAUUGGCCAUGUCAUGACAGGACACCAUCUAGAUGAUCAGCUUGAGACCUUUUUGCAACGCCUGCGCUAUGGAAGUUCGGUCUUCGGUUUGAGAGGAAUGAAGAUGCUUAGCCACAUGCCCGUGGCUGAUGUUUUUCCUCCGAGUUUUGUGAAGCCAGUUCAGGUCGCUAGACCUCUCUUGAACAUAACCAAGCAGAGUCUUGUUGAGUACUGCCGGGAACACAACCACGAAUGGUUCGAAGACCCAACUAAUAGCGAUGCUAAGGUAACCUAUAGGAAUGGUGUUCGUCAGUGGCUGAACGAUCCUGCUGGGUUUGGUGUUCCGGAAAUAUUGCAGAAGAAUGCUCUUUUGACGACUAUGAAACAAGUAGUUGCUGUUGGAAAUGAUCUCGAUCGCAAGGUUGAGGGUCUGCAGAGCUAUCUCAAGGAACGUGGGCUUAUCACGGGAAUUUUGAACACAAUGUCAAUCACUGUUGUUUUGCCAGAAGAAGUGUUUUCGAAGUAUGACCAUCUCGUGAUUAACCGUUUCCUUUACAGAACCUGUUUCAUGAUCUCGCCCUCCACGCAGUUCGCCUACAAGUUCUCGAAGUUUGACUCUUCCUUCGAUCUGACCAAUAACAAACCGAUGGAUCUUGCCGACAACUUGAGACAGACUUUGCAAACAGGUGAACCGGCGAAAUUCACGUUGAUGAAUCUCAACUGGAAGGUGACCGCUCGUCCGGACAAGUCGCUGGAGAUCAAGCUCAGUCGCGAAAGUCAGAGAUCAUAUCAAGAUUCCAAGGCUCAGAGCGGAUCUUCCAUGACUUUGCCUAUUGCUGACUCUGAAGAAGGCCUUUAUCUCCCUAAAGACGGUGAGUGGAGUGAGUGGUUCCUGUUUGACAACCGGUGUUGGAUGCGUAUGAGACUUCUUGGGUCUGUUCCUGAGGGGCUACGUUCGUUCAGAAUAAGCAAUUUCUCCGGAAAGGUCUCAGAUCUCGAAGGUAUUUUUGAAGAGGAUCUUGUGGAAUUGCCUUUCUCGCAACAUAAGCUCCAGAACCAGCCAAUUAUUACUUAUACUUGGAAGGACGAUGAGAGUCGCGAGAAGAUUGCGGGCUUCCCCACCUGGAACACUUGGAGUAAGUGGAUCAAGGACCGGGUCGAGGUCAAAUGGAGACUUAAAGGCGAGUACGAGGAAGGAAAGCCAAUGGUUUUUGCUGAUGAGAAAUGA